CCAAGAUGGCGGAAAACGGUAGUAAAAUGAAGUCCACGGGAAACGUCGGCUCUAACAACAGUUGAUAGAAGUUUUCUGAGGACAAACAUGGACAAAGAGGACAGAAUGAGCUGGACUGACCGAUUUAAUAACCCGGAGUACAAGAACUGGCUGCGGGUGGGGUUAGCCCUGCUGGCCAUCCGGCAUGGACUGAGCUAUGUCACACUGCAAGCAGCGAAGGACCUACAUGCAGAGCUCCUCAAAGCUGAGCUUGGAAACAGUAUAGGAAAGUGCACUUGUAACCACAAAAGCAACCCAAAACGCGAAGAAUGCGAGCACUGUGCAUGGCGACAAGAGUUGAAAAAGCACUACACUGGUGAUGCAGACCGGAUCGGCUGGACCAACUGCACUCCCAGCAAGUGGAGCAAGGAACCAUGGGAAGUGGCAAAGGUGUUCAUGCUGAAGAUGCCUAAGAGUCAGGCAGCUGAGAAUACAGGACCUGAGAUGUCGGAUCCCUCGGCACUCCUGAACUUCCUUGUACACUGCACCUUUUGCCACAAAUAUGUAAAUGUUAAAAGUGCACAAAGGGUUAUAGAAAUCCGCAACCAAGCCAUGCAUUCCUUGGACCUGACGUUUGACCGUGACACGUUUAAUAAUCACAUGGAAAAACUGCGGAGUCUGAUGUGUGAUCCAAAAUUGGCCUCAGAUCCAGCUGCACAGAAGGCAGCAAAGGAGAUUACAAAGCUCAAGAAAGAGGAGUUCCACCUUGGGGCUAACAAAGCCUGCAUGGAUGCUGAGGUGCGUGUGUUCAAGCAUGUCAUGAGUGAGCACAAGAAGCAGCUCCAGCUGUACAGGGAAGAGCUGGAGGAUCAUGGGGCCCGGCUGGACACUCUCGAGCACACCGCACUUCCAAAGAAAGAGAUGCUGAAGACAGUGGAGGUCCUGUUGGGCAUUGUAAACAACAACACUGGCUUGCACCGCGCCCUAAAAGACCAGGCCUUGGAGCUGUCCACCACAGUACAGCAAAUCCAGGACAGACUAGGGAAGGCAGAAGGGGACAUCACAGACGUGAGAGGUGCCGUGGGUCAACUGGAAGAGGUAGUGGCUAAACACGAUAAACAAAUUGAAGAGGUCAAGACUGACAACAAACGGCUUGAUGAAGAAAUCAGUGACGUAAAGAACCAAAGUAAAAAAAUCAAGCUUUCUGUUGAUGAAGUCAAACAGAAGCUGGAGGCACCAUCUGGGAGCACCCCCUCUCUUGCUGUGUUCCAGACGUCUGUGAAGAAGUACUUUGAGUUAAAACUGGGUUACCUCAAGCCUCUGAUAUGGAACGACAACUUCACACUUAACCUCAGUGAUAUCUUCACCCAGCUAGAGUUGAUACAAACAAUGGCUGGAAAACAAAGGAAAGAACUGAAGUCAUUAGAUGACUUGUUCAACCCAGAUGUCACAGGACUGUCCACAGCACCAAGGUGCAUUCUGAUUGAGGGUGAAGCCGGAGGGGGGAAGACAACAUUUCUGUCCAAAGAAGCCCUAGAUGCCGUAUCACAGAAAACAGAGCUGGGCAGACAAUACGACAUUGUUCUGUUGAUCCGACUUCGGGAGGUGAGAGAAGGGGAGACCAUUGAGGAGAUGGUGUGGGACCAGUGUGUACCUGAAACAACUGAAGGUAUUGAUGUACAAUCCACCAGAACAAUCCUACAGAUGAACAAGUCCCGUGUGCUCUUCCUCCUAGAUGGGUAUGAUGAGCUGCAACCUGAGGCCAGGGCAGCUGGGCAGGCCAUUCCCAAACUGCUGUCUGGCAAAUUGUACCCCAACAGCACGAUUGUGAUCACCUCUCGACCCUCAGCAGGAAUGCAGCAGUACACCCGGCCAGACUGCCAUGUGCACAUCAGGGGCUUCUCUCCUGAAUAUAUGGUGAAAUAUGUCAAGAAAUAUUUCAUAAGAAAUGCUGACAUGGCAGAGGACUUCAUCAGGCAAUAUUUCACAGUCAUAAGAAAUCAUAGGCCUUUGGCAAUUGAUGUUAAAGUACUUUUUAAAAAUCAGGAUCUCUUAGAUAUUAGUAACCUAUUCCAGACCCCAAUUUUCCUGAUGUUGGUCUGUGUGUUGUGGGAGGAGGACCAAGAGAUGGUGUCUACUGGAACAAUGACGGGGCUGUACAACAACCUGCUGACAUGUCUGGUUAGAAAGCACUGUAAGCGGGAAGGAGUGGACAUGCCAACAAAAGGGCUGCCUACAGACCUGGUUGCUAAGCCAUUGCUGCAGUUCGGCAAGCUUGCGCUAGAGGCACUGCUGAGGAAUGAGAUCCUGCUUGAUAUUACAGAAGUACAAAGAGAAAAUGUGAAUUGGGAGUUGCUGUUAAAGCUGGGUGUGGUCUCUUUGGAAGUUUCUUCCUCCAAAUUGCAUCCUAGGAAACAGCUGAACUUUUCCCACAAGACCAUGCAAGAGUUCCUGGCCGGACGAUAUGUUGCUCAUGCUCUGUUGAACCAAGACAUUGUAGAGCUACUGCAGCUCACCUCCAUAAGCAAGGUGUUUGAACUCAGUAACCUGCUUCAGUUCACGUGUGGCUGUGACUCACGGGCAGCACAAGCUGUGAUGGAGGAAUUGAGUAUUCUCAGUAGCAGAGAGUUUGCAUAUGUGCAACCAGAGCAUUUUGAAGACACGCAAAAGUCUUGCAAAGCCUAUGAAGAGUUUGCAAACCUGUGCCUGAACAUUCUUUGUGAGAGACAAGAACCAGAAGUGCUUCAGGGUAUCAGCCAAGCCCUGCCAAUUGUCAUACUGAAAAGCUCCAUUAACAGUAGAGAAGCCACAGCUCUGAAGUAUUACAUACAAAACCUUCAUUCAGCAAACCUGCCAGACAGGCUUAUAGUUGACAUUCAGGGAGUCUCUGACAGCAGAGACACUGUUCAGUACCUACAGCAGUGUUUUGCAACUUCACUACCUGAACUUAGAUUGGACUUGAAUUUGAUAUCAGGACAGGUGGACUCACCAUCAGGACAGUAUGACUCACCUGAUGUCACAGCCAGACUGGUUUCAGUUCUGAAGAAUGUCCCUGGUCUGAGGGUACUGAAAUUGAUACACACAGACCUAACACCAUCAUCACUCCUGCCACUUGUGCAGGGGUUCAGCCACAUGUCUCUGUUAGAGAUGCUUGAUCUUUCUUUGAACCCAAACCUUAGUGAUGCUGGGAUGGAAGUCCUGCAGGCUGGGCUGUCCUGUGUCCCACACCUGGCUAUACUCCGUCUUAUGAACUUAAACAUGACAGAUGUGGGCAUAUCAUAUCUGUCUCCCAUCAUGCGACACUUAGUUGGACUGAGAUACCUGAACAUUCAUGGAAAUUUCAUAUCAGACCGUGGGCUGCAAUGUCUGGCUGCCAACCUCCACCACCUUACAGCCAUGAAGGUGUUGGUUCUCAAUAGAACAGGUAUCAGUGACACGGGAAUAUCAUCCUUGAUCAAAGCUCUGCCUCACCUGGUGCAAUUACAGGUGUUGGAUGUGUGGUACAAUAACAUAGGAGACUCAGGGAUUGUCUCACUGGUGCAAACACUCUGCCAGCCCAGCAGUUUGGACAUGGAACAAAACCCACCUGGUGACAAGAGUCUGGCCACAGCCCCUCACUAUAACACCACACUACAGAAGCUGGACAUUGGGUUCAAUAGUGGAGUAACAGCAGCCGGACUGGGGAGGGUCACACAGCUCAUCAGCGCACUGCCGGCACUGACCAGGCUGGACAUGUCUGGUUGCAGGUACACACCUGCACACCUGUCUGACACCGCUGCCAUGGCCCUGGCCGAGGUUCUCCCCAAACUCCCUGCCCUGGAGUGGCUGGACCUGGAGUACAUCUCCAUGGAGCCUGCAGGGUUCCAGGCUGUGGUGCAGGCUGCUGAGGAACACCCAACACUGGAGAACCUGGGCUACACUGAGGAACUAUUUCCUGAGGGAGCAGACACCACAGCCAGCUGCCUGAACUUCAUGAAGAUACAGAAGCAGAUGAUGAUGAUUUACUUCUGAGUUCCCAACAUGCCUGCCUGAUCUGUACAUUGUCUCAGCUGAGGUGUGGCUGUCCCUACAGUUGCCCUCCAAUCAGGACUAUCUAGGUACACCUGCAGGUGUGAGAUAUUUGGACCACAGGUGCCCUCCAGUCUGGACCCCCUGUGUAAGUAUACCAGCAGGUGUAAGGUUUGGGGGACGGCCUACGUGGACAGGGAGAAACUGGACAUCGACCUGCCGACAGCCGAGCAGUUCUACGAGCAGCCUACCAGAAACUCCUGCAGUUAGAAAACCACUUCAGGGAGAAGUAUAGGCAGGUGACAGGUCAAAGAUCAGGGGUCAAUUACAGUGGUAUUAGGUCAGAGGUCCUAAGAAGUAACCUUUUGUUGAACUGUGGGGAAUGAAGGAACUUUCUAUUGAAGCAUCACACAUUUGGAGAGUUCAAGCUUGGGUCAAAUGAUUUUCAAUACUGUUUCUUUUUGGUAUUGAUCUUUUGUGCUAUGUGUUGUAUAUGACAUUUUAUUUGAGGAAGAAUUUUAGUAAAAAAAAUGACUUUUGAAGUUGUAAGUCAAUUAACCUAGCUAGAUUCACUUGUUAACACUCCAAUUUGAUCAGUACAUGUAACGUUAUCUUUACACACUGUUGUAAUUUCAAGGAAAGUAGUGAACGCAAUGUAUUUUCUUUUUUAUUACAUACUUAUACAAGUAUCUCGAACAUGUUUAUUCUAGUUGAUUGGAAUGAUACAUAGUUUGGUAAUCAGCUUGUUUUAUGUACUGCCGGGUAUAUGCUUAUUUGUUUGAUGUAUUGCUGUGUAUAUGAUUAUGUCUGGACCAAAAUUGUACCUAUUCUAGUAGACAUUUGUGAGGACUAUCACAGAGAGAACCCAUUUUAUUUCCAUUGUAAAAUGUUGUGCCAAUCUGUAAUUUGUGAUGUGUUGAAUAAAUCAUGCCAAGAAAUGUCCUGUUUUUCCAGUGUUGUAUCUGAUGAUGAGAGGGAAGAAUGUUAAUUAUUCUUAACAAAAAAAUUAUGAAAAUAUAUAAUUUUGUAAAAGGGUUUUAAACAGGAAAACAAACUGAAAUGGUCCUUUUUGUUGUAAAUAUUUUAAAGUCCUUGCAUGAAAGAAACCAAGAAAUAAGCUUGAGAAAUUAUGAAAGUUGGCUGUGACCACUCAAAAAGGCACUUUAUUCAUAAGAAUCACUGAAUGAAAGUUUAAAAUGUACACAGUACAGGCAAGGAUAGUAAAGGCCCUUGAGGUGCUGCUGAAUUACAAUAUUACGCAUCUAUGGAAUGCACACAAGUUCUUAGAACAUUUUCACAAUGAGUCCAAUACUCAACAAAGUAACAUUAGUCCUUUUUGUAAAAACACCAUGAUCAUGAGACAUUGCAAAAAAGAAUUGUCUAGGGAAUUCAUUGAUGUCUUUUUUCACAUUAUCAACUUGAAUCCAAUAGUAACUUUUUUUAUGCAAGCACCAUAGGCUCCGCCUCUAAGGCGCCGCCAAAAAUUUGCCCACCACGGAAGGGUCCAUGUUCUCAACCUCGCAAGAGUAAGAAAUCUGAAAUUAUUUCAAUCAUUGCCAAGCGCACAGUUUGGUAUGUUGUAAAUUUAGUGUGACAAAAUAUAUACUACAAGUAAAAAAAAUAGACAUAUAUAGUUCUUGCCUCACUUCAUACGUUUUCUUUUAUGACUAGAUUUAUACGAUAACCCCCUAUAAACGUUACAGUCACCUAAAUAAACUCUUCCAAAGUCCAAGAUGGCGGUGUUUAGGCGGAAGUAAAAAAGGCGCGCAACUCGAAUCCAAAAGUUUGCUGGAAGUUUUCUGGGGACAACCACGAAGAAAGUAAGUACAGAUCCCAUCGGUUGACUGUUCAGGGUUUCAAGAUCCAGCAGAUAUAUGUAAAUGUACUGAUUUGUCGUCAAUAUCGUGAUGAAAAAUAAUACAAACUUCCGUUAGAUUCUAACGGUCCAGUUUACCCUGUGUUUGUGCAUAUGUAUUGCACCUCAUACCUGACA